AUGAGCGGAGACAAUUAUAGAGGAGGACAUUGGCAACAACGCGGAGAAAACCAUUGGAGACCAUAUGGAGGACGUGGUAGAGGUGGUGGUGGUGGUUGGCGAGGAAAUGAUAAUCGAGGUGAAUACAGAGGAGGAUAUCAACAAUCGAAUGAUGGUGGCUGGGGAGGAAAUCAGAAUUAUGGCUAUAGAAGUGGGAUAAGUGGUGGUGGUGAAGGUGGUGGUGGGUAUCAAGGAUAUCGAGGAAACAACCGAGGAAACUAUAGACAUCAGAAUAACGAUGGAUACCGAGGCGGAAGAGGACGUGGACAAGGAUUUCAGAGGAACGACAGAGGAGGCAGAGGAAGACGUGGAGGGAAUGUGAAUCAUGGACCAGUUGAUUCCAGCAAAUGCCUGAUGCCAGCAAUGAUGAGCAAUCCUUGGAGAAAACUAGAAGAAGCCUAUGAAGAAGAGUACGGUGUCAAGAUUACUGAGAAAAUGGAAUCUUCUCCUCCGGCUGUCGUAACGUCCGAUAUCUCAAAUUAA